AUGAACUUCCACGGCAGUCGGAGGCGAGGGGAGGAUGGCAUCGCUAUGGUGAUUGACUUCCUGCUGUCUAAUGCCCGGCUGGUUCUGGGAGUGGGGGGGGCUGCUGUGCUUGGUAUCGCUACACUGGCAGUGAAACGGCUGAUUGAACGUGCUGGCCGAGCAGCAGACGCUGAAAAAGUGGAGCAGAAGAUGGCUGAGAGCUGGGAGGAGCUCAGCUUAGUGUCCGCUUCUCCCACUCUGCUGAAGAAGGGCAUUGAGGGCGUGGUGAUGAAACAUGUCGCCAAGGCAACCAAACAACAGAAAGGUGACCUCUGCCAACAACCUCCAACAUCCAGUCUGGAGCUGCAGCCUAAACCUGAGUCCAAGUCAAAGAGACUCCAGCUAUGUGUCCUCAGUCUGCAGGAGCGUCUGCAGCAGUACUAUCACACUAGGGCAGCACUCGCCCCGCAAGAGGUCCAGAGGGCUCAGUCUCUGGCUCUGGACAUCUGCACUGAGAUCCAGGGUUUUCUGCACAGCCGGCACCCGGACAUGCCUCUGGGAGAAAUGAGUCUGGGCGGCUCUCUGCUUGAUGACCUGCAGGUGGUCAGUGCGGACCACGCAUGUCUCCUGGUGCCUCUGCAGCUGGAGGCCUCACUAUGGCAUCUCGUACCCGGAGAGGAAACCCUGCUCACACACCCUCUGCACUGGAUGGUCCGACGGGUCAAUCUGGAGUAUUUCCCCAGAGGCCGAAGUUACUGGGACAGAUACCUGGUGGGCGGUUACUUGUCAUCAGAAGCAGUUGUGAACAUGUUCAGUAAAACCGUCAUGGAAACCAUGAACUGGCCGACCAUUAGCAGCACUCUGGACUGUCUAGUCAGACCUGUACCAGGAGGACCAGACCUGAGACUGGAGAUUCGGCCUGGAAAUGAAAAUGGAGGCAUAGAGAGCAGCACCCCCCCAUUGUUUAUCUCCAUGUUGCCUCUGCUGAGGGAUGAGGAUGUGGCCCUGACUGCCCAGCCAGAGCUCACCUCUCCCUGGGUCAAUGCCUGGCACCUCUCCCUGUACCCCUGGGAGACUCAGCGGCUGGCUCAGCUUGAUGCUUCUGACGGCGGCUACCGCAGACUUACAUUGAAAAUCCUUAAGGCGGUGUGCAGACUGAACCCAGCUCUGCGACCGCUCAAAGCCGCCCCGCUGGCUAACCUCAUCCUGCACCUCAGUGAUGGCGAGAGCGACUGGUCUGAGAGCAGCUUGGACGUGCGAUUCCAGCAGUGCAUCACAGAGCUGAUUGGCUACUUGGAGCAAGGGGCGUUACACAGUUACUUCAAGCCUGCUGUCAAUCUGUUGAGCAGCUUGUCAGAGGACCAGGUGGACCAGAUGGGCUUCAUGCUCUACUGUGCCGUGUCAGAGCCAGAAAUACUGCUCAUAUAGGAACUGUGUACAUGGAAGUUUAACAAUAAAUGUGUUGACAUCCAAAAUGUCUGCUUCAGGAUCGAAAUGUCGUAGAAGAACGACUCAAGGAUCAUGGAGAGUCCUUGCCUAACUUCCUACUGCCUUGUCCCUUUGUGUUGCUUCAUCAUCCUAUUUUAAUGAACAGGAUACAGUACGGUGCCUUUGUGUAUACGGUGUUGGAGGCUGAAGAGGGGAAUAUCCAAGGACUGCAGAUGUGAAAGUCAUAGUCAAGCUGAUCAACCACUCCAGUAAAAAGGAGACUUGCCAAAAAUGUGCUGAGGAAGUACUGGUGAAGAUGUUUGAAAUGAUGCUCCAGGAUGUGCCUAAGCUUAAAGGGGAAAGUUCAGAUGUUGUGUAUGAGGACUUCUCCAUAGUCAGUGUGUUUCCUGAAGUAGAUCAAUCAGCACAGCCCUGUUUUGGGACAGGCGUACUGACAACAAAGCCAUGCACUGCUCUAAAUAGGACCGGAAGCAGAAACUGUAUUUUAGCCACCUAAGAAUCGAACAGCGAGUAAAGAAGACUAUAUUUACAUGCAGAAAAUAUAAUAUAUAGUCCCAUUUAAAGAAGGAUUUGUUGAAAAAGAUCCCCCAGUGUUUGUGCAAACACAGCCUUGACUUUCAAAUGAUCAGCUGCCUUCUCAACAGUAUCAGCCUUGUGAUAUUUGCAUAAAUCUAAAAACCUGAUGUCUUCUUCCAUAAUGUCUAAAAGUUGGCAAAAGCAGUUUUUUUUUUUUUUUUGAGACAUCACAGGUGAUCUUUGUCUCUAGUUCAGUUGGCAGAAAACAAGCGGUAGUUAAACAGCAAAUGAGAUGCAUAUUUCAAAUAUGCGUCUACAUGUCCAGAUAGAGCAUUAGUAUCAUCAUAUCUAACAUGUCUAAAUCAGAAAAUAAUGAAUGUAGAAAAAGGCCUAAUUCGGAAGAUCCAAAUGGGAUACUGUACCGUACUGUUUGCAUGACAUCUGACAAAUUCAGAUUUUAGUCGCAUUCAGGAUAACAGAAGAAUACUGGUGUGCAUGUAAAUGUUUUCACUGCCUUACCUGUUAGACAGCUCUUUCUUUUGAGACUACAUUUUCUCUUCUACAGUACUAGGAGGCUUCAAAUAGUUUGUGGAAAAAGGACAGUAAGAAAAAACGGUUUAAGCUAUGGUGUUUAUUUUUCAACAUAUGCUCCAUCUAGGUCAGUGCACUUCUGCAAGCAUUGAUACCAGCCUUUAAGUCCAUCUGUGUAAAACUGAGGGCCAUGCGAUUUAAACCAUGUCAAAGCUAUGUUCUUUUUCCACAAAUGUUUUGAAGCCCCCUCGUAUGUGUGUACUCCUACUCUGUGCAUCCAUGCUGUUCAGUGCAAAACACCAAGUUAGAAAAUGCUGUCUGAUAGUGAAUAAACCAGUGGAAAUAUUCUAAAUCUAGCAUGUACUUGAACUGAUAUUUAAACUGUUUAUUUGUAUUUUUCUAAGUAGCUAAAAUACAGUUUUGGAUCAUGUUCCCUAUGGCAUAUGGCAUUACUUCUGUUUCAGUACUCAUUUUUUCCUCCAACCUAUGGAUGAGUAGCUCCCACAACACUACAUUAAAUAAUCUGAACUAUUAAAUUUUGGAGUCUGAAGGUAGACAUGAAAACAAUCUAAUGAAUCUAUAACAGUGGAGGAGGGUCACAUUAAGUGCAUACAUAUUGAUUUUCCUCUGAUUAACUGUGCCUUCUGCAUCCCUCUCCUGAAUCUUGAUGACAUAUUCUAACUAUGCAGAAUAAUAAUGACCUGCUGAAAAGCAAUACUUUUGCUGCACUUAACUACUACUCAGCUUGCCUGAGUGGGACUUAUUUAACUCUGUCUAUUUUUAUUAAACUGGGGGAUGAAGUUGUGUUUCCUGUUAGUCUUGUUCAGCGUUUAGUCUCCUGCCAAUCUUAUCUGGAUAAACUAACCUCCUAAACAAUGGUCAGACUUGCCUAAUAAUUUUAUGCAGUUGCUUUUAAAUGCAGUAUGAAUAUUGGGAGUGUUUCACUUGUGUCUUGCCAAGUAA